AUGGUUGAUGAGAUUGCUUCGGAUACAUGCGCGACGAAACGAAGAACAAACAAGAAUUUGUAUUAUCUUUCAAGUCAUGUUUCUGUCUUGUCUCAAGACAUUUUAUGUUUUGAUGUUGAACAUGAGUUCACACGACAUAUUCGAGGUGAAUUAAUUGCACCUCCUAUUCAUUCAAUUGUAUUAGAUUUUAUAAUGAAACAAGUUUGUUUAUGGGAAAGUUUUAUUGAUGGGAAUGUAGUUUUUACACUCAAACGCUUUCAAUCAUCUCACGGCUAG